AUGAACACUGCAGCCUUCGUUCGUUCGCUCUCGCGUGUUGCUCUUCGCUCAUCUACUGUUCUUCGAGCUAGUGCUCCAAGAACAUUUUCGCAAUCCGCGAAAGUUCUCUCGGUUACGCCCGAAUUGCAACAAGCUUUGAAUCGCGAAAUCGAAGCUGAGCAAGAGCUGAGCCGCGAAAACUUACAAGGAUCCGCUGCACCAAACUUCCCCGGAUUCGCCAUCACCACGAAGGAAGCUGAAGUCCGAUUGACCAAGAAAAAUGGAAAUGAAGACAUCUUGGUUGUGUUCAAUGUAAACCAUUCUGUUGAUAUGGACGAAGGAUAUGACGAGGAGCCAUCGCAAAAUGCUGCUCCUGUUCCAGUCGCUAUGCCACCAUUCACUGUGGAAAUCACCAAAGGCGAUCAACGUCUUUGCUUCCAUCUAGAACUCGUUCCAGUUGAUGAUCAACCAGACGAGUAUGAUUUCCGUGUUGAAGAAUUCUAUGUCGCUCCCGCAGCGAAGGGAGGAAACGAAGACGUUCCGUCGGAGGUGUACGCGAGCAGCGGAAAAUACAUCGACCCUGAUCUUCAUGAUCUUCUCUUCGUUCGUUAUUUGGAGGAACGCGGUCUUGACGCGCGUUUCUGCAAGACUUUGGUUCAAUACGCGACUCACUACGAGCACUCACAAUACGUCAGCCUUUUGGACAAAAUCAAGAAGUUCGUCUCCAAGUAA